AUGCGGGCAAAACAGCCCGAAGAGGUCAUUCUUGGUGCAGAUCUCAAGAUGACCGGCCUGCUGUCGAUUCGUGACCUCAACUCCCGGAAUGGUCUCUCCAUCCACAAAUCACCGCUGGCUGCGGUCCCACCCCUGGGUGCUUUCGAUCGUAUCGUUCCUGGAAUUGUGCAGGCUGUGCAGGAUGGCUGGAGUGUUCUCGUUCCUGCCAAGAGUCGCCAUCAAGACAAACAGAUGACGGUGGACCAGCGCAUUCUGACGUUGUAUGUGACUUCCGUGAUGGUCGAUGCUUUUGCCUUGGUCUUCACCUGUCGGAACGGGCGCAGCAUGGGCGUCGCCGUCAGCGCAGAGCAUGCUGGCGGCGGGCACGGCCACUCCAACGGCCGUGUUCAUUACGGACAUGGUGGAUCUGUCGUUCACCACGACAGCAGUAUUUGCUUCGAGCCGGUGGGAAAGAAGACAGUAGCUACGUGGAAGUGGGUUGGCGAUGGUAGAGGUUCUUAUGAAAAGGUUGAGAACUUCGCCUACGUUGGUGAGAAUGCUGGUAGCUUCGAGAGGAGGCUUGACGUUACCUAUUCCAGGUGGAAAGCACGUGGGUGUGCUGUGGGCCUCUUAUGCUGUCUACUCCUUGGUCUUGCUCUGUGUCUCGUGCUCGGGCACUUCUUCCAUCGACAAUACCAUGAUGCCCCCGAGCCUCACCAAGAUGACGUGUGGGACUGCACCAAAGACUACUUCAAUUGGCAGACCCUUUGGACAGUUCCUCAGCAAGAAUGGUGCUGCGUUCACUAUGGUCGUGGCUGCCCUACCACCACACCCGCAACGACAAGUCCGGCUUUCGACUGUGAUGCAGCCUUCAACAACUGGAGGGUUGCUUGGUCCAGUCAGAAGAAGGCAUGGUGCUGCCACAAGCUUGGUCGCGGUUGUCCUCCUCACAUAACCACUCCGUACAACUGCCACACUGGCGAUGUGGAAGUGUGGACGGUGGGAAAGAGACUUUGGUGUUGCCAGAACUAUGAGGUCAGCUGUCCCGAUUACCACCCCAGCUUACCGUAUGACUGCCAUGCCGGACUUGAGAACUGGGUGGCUGGUUGGUCUGUGGGAAAGAAAGGUUGGUGCUGUGCACACUACAAGCUUGGAUGUGCGCCAGUCACUCAUCCUCCCACUGUUGUACAUGGACAAUAUGACUGCCAUGCAGGGUACAGCAACUGGAGGCUUGGAUGGUCGGCCCACAAAAAACUCUGGUGCUGUCACCGGUUUCACAGAGGGUGCUCAGACGCACCUUACGAUUGUGAUGCCGGGUAUUCCAACUGGCAGUCUGGUUGGUCAGCAUCCAAGAAGGCGUGGUGCUGCCAUCACACUCAUCGCGGCUGCAUCGUGUCGUUGCCAUAUGAUUGCUCGGCGGGGUACAGCAACUGGCAGCUGGGUUGGUCUGCCAGCAAAAAAUCUUGGUGCUGUGCGCACAGCCACCGUGGCUGUGGGGGACCCACAUAUGAUUGCAAUGCUGGCUACUCACAUUGGAUGUCCGUAUGGACCCCUGCCAAGAAGGAGUGGUGCUGCCACCACUACCAUCAUGGCUGUCCUCCAGCAUCAGUCCCCUACGACUGCGAUGCUGGCUUCACCAAUUGGCGGGCGGGGUGGUCGGACGGUAAGAAGAAAUGGUGCUGCCAACAUGCUAACCGAGGCUGCUCCCAUAUGCCCUACGACUGUGAUGCCGGUUACUCCAACUGGCACCAUGGUUGGUCGGAUGAGAAGAAGAAGUGGUGCUGCCAUCAUUUCCAUCGAGGCUGUGAGAUUUCAUCCUACGAUUGCGAUGCUGGCUAUGACGAUUGGAAGAACGUCUGGUCCAGCAACAAAAAAUAUUGGUGCUGCGAGCACAUGCAGAAAGGCUGUUCCCACUGGGACUGUGAUAAAGACUACUCGGACUGGGUGCACGAAUGGUGUGCCGAGAAGAAGCAGUACUGUUGCCUCAAGUACCAUCGUGGCUGCUCGAGUGCCAGCUCGCCUCUAGUGUCCGCUGGAUACGAUAUGCAGCAUGGGGUGGUCACGUCGUCUGACUUGACGGUGGGCCAUGCCGCACCGCCAGUGAGCAUGGUUCCUUACGGGUAUCACUGGGUGCACGUCCUCCACCACGGUGAGAUGAGAUGGGUGGCAGUCCCCGACAAUCACCACAUCUCCAACAUCGGACAUCCCCCUGGUGCACCCGAGGCUGGACAUGCCUGGCAAUGGCGUGAGCAUAAGCACCAUGGCGACCAUGGCCAUUGGUACCAGGUCCCAGUGCCACCCCCCGUGCAGGAACCUCCUCCCGUGCUCACACCGCCAAGACAACUCCCUCAGGUUACCCCUGCUCAUUUCACACCACCGCCAGCAGAUUCAGAGAUCGCAAAGGCCCUCAAGCCCAAGAAAAAGAAGAAACCCAAGGAAGACGAACGCCCGGCGGCUCGACCGAAGUCUCGUCCUGAAGGGCUGGCGACCAUCUCCGGCGAGGCGUGGCCACCGCCGCUACCCCGUGAUGAAAGUGAUGCCUCGGAUGGUGGUCAGGACAUUCCACCACCGAAGGCCAAAUCUGGGCCUGGUCCAGGACAGCGACCGUUGACAUCACCCCGACCAGAACGUCGACGCUCUGACAAGGUGGAGGUUUCCAGUGAUGAAGAAGGCCCCGCUCCACGCUUGACACAGGCGAAUGUGGCGAAAGUGUCAGCAGCGGCUGCUGUGGCUGUGGGUGUUUCGGAGCCUGACGAUGUGGAUCCGGACUUGCGCAGCAUCUCCCCGAUUUCGACGCCUGGAGUUUUCCCCUGGCAGGUGGGGAAGAAGGCAAGCAAGAAGAAGCCAAGGGCAGAAUCGCCAUGCAGUGCAGAGGCGCAGGUUCGCAAGAAGCGCAAGGGAGAGACGGGCAAAGCCACCAAGGCAAAAAAGCUGCUGCUGACAGCACCCGGCCAAGGAAUGCAGUGGGAUCCGUAUAUGCCGCGAGCGACAGAGCCGUCUCCGUCUCCUUGCUCAGCCAUUCCAGGAAAAGCCAGCCGCGGCAAGUCUUCCAAGGACGUGCGUGACCGUUUUGAUCCUUCUCUGGGAAAGGAUGCCAAAAGAGCAGGUUCGGACAUGCGGUUCUGGUCCUGGUGUUUUGUGGGAUUGGCUUGGGGCUCCUUGGCUCAGGCGGAGAGAAGAAAAAGCGCAAGGAGAAGGAUGGCGGUCUGCGCAAGGAGAAAGGUUGACGAUGUGCGCAGAAUUGGACAUGUUUGCAGGUAG